CGAGAGCACCGAUUCGCGCCUGGACACAGCCAACUGUAGUAGCUCCUCGCGCGGGACGGCGGAUUUCGCCGCGAAGGCCGGGAGAUUGAUUGACGGCGUAGCGAGGGACGCGGUGGCGCGUGGAGGAUACGCGACGGGGAAGCAGAACGGGGCGUACGGAUUGGCGCAGUGCUGGAAAACGGUGAGCGGAGAAGGGUGUAGGGAUUGCUUGGAUAAGGCGAGAAGAGAGGUGAAAGGUUGUUUGCCGAGCACGGAAGGGAGGGCGCUGAACGCCGGCUGCUACUUGAGGUAUUCCGCUGUCAACUUCAUCAGCAAUCGGAAUGAGGACGACGGCCGUAAUUCCGCGGUAUCAAAAAAAGGCGUAAAAGUGGCGAUUGCUUCGAGUCUAAUGGCAUUUAUUAUGGUUGUUGCAUUUGCUGGCUAUGGAUGUCGUAAGAAGACUUUGAAGCGAAAAGAAGAACAAAGGAAUCUUGGUGCAAUAUCAAUCACUUACAACAGAUCCAAUCUGAACUUCAAAUACGAAACUCUGGAGAAGGCUACAAACUACUUUGAUGCUCAUACAAAACUUGGGCAAGGAGGGGCUGGUUCUGUGUACAAAGGAACACUGGGUGAUGGGCGAGUUGUGGCAGUGAAGAGGUUGUUUUUCAAUACAAGGCAGUGGGUUGAUGAGUUCUUCAAUGAGGUGAACCUUAUAAGUGGAAUUGAGCACAAAAAUCUUGUCAAGCUUUUAGGCUGCAGCAUUGAAGGUCCCGAGAGCCUUCUAGUUUACGAGUUUGUACCUAACAACAGCCUUGACCAUUACCUUUUUGAUAAUAACAAGGACAAGAUUCUAACAUGGAGAGAGCGGUUUAACAUUGUGGUAGGGGCAGCAGAAGGUAUAGCCUUUCUCCAUGAAGGGAUGACAAUCAGAAUAAUCCACAGGGACAUCAAGACCAGCAAUAUCCUUCUAGACGAAAAUGUUUGUCCUAAAAUUGCCGAUUUUGGUCUGGCACGUUGUUUUGCAACCGAUAAAACACAUCUGAGCACAGGCAUUGCCGGCACACGGGGGUAUAUGGCUCCAGAAUACCUUGUUAAAGGACAACUCACAGAGAAGGCUGAUGUCUAUAGCUUUGGUGUGCUUAUUCUUGAGAUAAUCUCUGGUAGAAAGAGCAAUGCCUUCGUAGAAGAAUCUGGCUCCCUACUGCAAACAGUAUGGGGGCUUUUCAGAAGUGAUCG